AUGUCCAGCAGAAAGCUGGGAGGUGGGAGGAUUUUGGGUAGUGGGAAGUCAUUGGCACCUCCUGCCCCUCCGUCGCAACAACGAAGUUCCAGUUUCAUUACCCCAUCCGAAAGUACUCUUUCGUUGAGUUCGACUCAUUCGAUAUCUCCUCUUGCGACUUCGCCUUUACCAAAUGAUAGUCAGGAUUUAAAGUCGAGAGUCUCGCUGGAAAAUGGUCGCUCUUCAAGUGUCACCGCUGUGACCUCGAAGCUCCAAUGUCCAAUAUGUAGCGAAGAAAUGAUGACUUUAUUGCAAUUAAAUCGACAUCUCGAUGAUAAUCACCAAGAACUUCCAGAGGUAGAACAAGAUGAAGUGAAGAAUUGGUUCGACAAACAGGUUAUUAAGGCAAAGAAGUUUCAACCAUUAGCAGUAAUAAAUCAAAAACUCAAGGGACUAGAUGUAUUCGAAUCAAACGAUGUACCAACAUCAUCGACUCCUAUACCGAGCACACUUUCUGGAAAUCGCAUGUCAACCCCCGAGCCAACAAGACCAGAUCCCGACGAAGUAAUUACAAGGACACAUUGGCAGAAAUCAGGAUUCAAUGAUAUAUGUACGGAACCUAUUUGCGGGAAAAGACUUGGUGCUGUCAAUGGAAGUGUUAAUUGUAGGAAAUGUGGUCUUCUAUUCUGUGAGGAUCACACAAUGUAUCAAAUUAAACUCUCAAGGUCGGCACAACAUGAACCUGUAAGGGGAUUAUGGUGUAGAGUUUGCGAGACUUGUUUCAAGUCAAGAGAAGGAUACAAUGAUCAUAAUGGUUACUUGCGAGAUCAUACAAACGACUUUAUGGCAAUGAGAAGGAAGCAUGUGGAUAAAGCGUAUUUGGAGAUCUCGAGGUUAGAGAAACGACUCACGAAAUUAACUCAACUACUUGCGAAUCCUCCCGAAGAUCUGGCCAGUAAUGGGACAUUGUUAUCUUUAGCAGGACAGAAGAAUCCGCGCAAAAUCCUUGAACAAUCAGUGGUAACUUGGGAAGAGGAUGCAAAGGUUCCAAAAUGUCCUUUUUGUCAACAAGAAUUUGGUUCAUGGUCAUUUCGACGGCAUCACUGUCGAUUAUGUGGACGUGUUGUUUGCUCAGAUCCUAGAACUGGAUGUUCCUCUGAAAUUGGAUUAAAUGUCACAGCAGUGACUGGCACUCAGUCAGAGAAACAUUCCGAGAAUAUUAGUCUCGAUAUACGAAUGUGUCGCGAUUGUAAAACUACUGUCUUUUCCAAGAAAGAUUUUGCUGCAGAACUCAAGGAGAAAACACCCUUACAACGGGCUUAUGAAAAUCUUCUACAAUUCGAAAAGGGCAUUCGUCUAUUACUACCCAAUUUCCAACGAUUAUUAGUUGCACUUCAAGAUCCGGAAAAACCACCGUCACAUGUUCAACUUGCUGAAGCAGCUAAAGUUCGAAAGAGAUUAAUAGAUAGUUUCGGAAAAUAUGAUCAAGCCGGAAGACGCAUACGUGACUUACCAACCACAUCACCUACUCAACAAAAGAUUCAAAAAUCAAUCUAUCAACAAUCUUCUAGUUUUCUUCAUCUCCAUAUGCUUCCUCUUAAAUCUCUCCCCAAAGUUCUCAAACAUGCUACUCCCUCUUCAAGUCACUCAUCUUUAAGACCUCAGAAUGGUCGUUCCGCUCUCUCAAAUAUCAAAUUCAACGAUACAGCCACAGAAACAUCGUCACAAGUUUCAGAUAUCUCCCAAAUAUCUCAAAUGGAACAAGAAGAAAAGGAAUUACGAGAAAAAUUAAUAGUUUUAGAAGAACAGAAAUUUUUCGUUGAAGGAAUGGUAAAAGAUGCGGGGAAGAGAAGAAAGUUUGAUGAGGUGGAAGCAUUAAAAGCAAAUUUGCAGGAUAUGCAGAGAGAGAUUGAUACGGUUAUGGGGUGUAUUGGACAAUUGGAUUUUGAGGGAGUCUAUAGAAGAGAGAUGGAUGCUGGUGGAAGUGGGAGUGGGAGUGGAAGCGGGAAUGGUAUCUUGGGUUUACGGUGA